CUUUAGGGCAUAUUUAUUUUCAAUGAAACUCGUCUCACAAGCACACAGACAAACGCACAGAGUUUUGUUUUUGUUUUUUUUUAAUUGUUUAGACUUCAGAAGUGUGUCAGAGGAGGCAGAGGGCUGCAGUCUCUUUGGAUCAUCACUUCACGAAGGACUCAUCCAGAGAUCGUAGAGGAGCUACAGUAUGUUGGGUGUCGUGGCCUUGCUGCUGCUCCUGUCCAGCGGUGCUCUGUCUCUGGACAAACUCAACAUGUGUAUGGAUGCCAAACACCAUAAAGAAGAGCCUGGCCCCGAGGGACAACUUUUCAGCCAGUGCUCCCCGUGGCGUGACAAUGCAUGCUGCACAGGUAACACCACUGAGACAGCCCAUCUGGAGAGCUCCUACCUGUACAACUUUACCUGGAACCACUGUGGCAUCAUGAGCCCCGGGUGCUUGAAACAUUUCAUCCAGGACACGUGCUUCUAUGAGUGCUCACCGCAUUUGGGCCCCUGGAUACAGGAAGUGGACCAGAGCUGGCGAAAAGAGCGCAUCUUGAAUGUGCCUCUGUGUAUGGAGGACUGCCACAGCUGGUGGGAGGACUGCAAGAAUGACUUCACCUGCAAGAACAACUGGCACUAUGGAUGGGAUUGGAGCACAGGGCAUAACAGAUGCCCUAAAGGCAGCAGGUGCAGGAAAUGGACCGAAGUUUACCCCACACCCAAGUCCAUGUGUGAAGAGAUCUGGUCCAACUCCUUCCAGUAUACCACCCUGUCCAAAAGCUCAGGCCGCUGCAUGCAGAUGUGGUUCACUGGAGAAAACCCCAACAAGAAGGUGGCUCAGUACUACCUUAACAGCGCUCGGCAGCAACAAAGCUCUGCUUUGACAACGCUGCUCCUCCUGGCUGCCACAUCCUUCUCUGUAAUCGCGUACUGAUUAAAACAAUCACUGCCAAAGACAGCUGUGACUGUGUUGUGUCUCUGUUCACGUCUGCCAUGUUGUGAUAAUUUGACAUUUCUGUAUCUGAGUAUCCUGAUGAUAUGAUAACCACCAUGGUAAAGACACUCUGUCUGUCUAUGUGGUUUCAAGUUCAUAAGUCUUAUCAGAGUAGCACUAUCAAUCUAGGAACACUGGUCACAUCAAAGUGCCAUAUACAUGUCAUAAACUGAUUUAAAGUCAGCCUUCCUCAGACACUUC